CUUUAUCAAUUCUGAAAUUCUCGAACUUUCCUCCAUCGUCAGCAUCUUCAAUCCCACCCUCUCUCUCUCCUCUUCGGAGAGUUAGAGAGAUAAUUUCACAUAUAAAUCCCCACCUCUAUUUUCCACAGAUAUUUUUCUCUCUCCUCUUUUUUCUUCUUCCAUUACAAUUUUCUCCAUGAAUAUAUAAUUUUAUUCCCCAAUUUGUCGACUUACUUUCGAAUUAUAAUUCUAAUUUUUCUCAGCCGUUUGAUCUUGGUGAAAAAAUGGAGAGAGGUGGAGGAUCUAACGGUGGAAAUGGAUCUUGCUAUUACUCUGUUCUUGGUCUUCGUAACGAUGCUUCUCCGUCUGACAUUCGUGCCGCUUAUCGCAAACUUGCACUUAAAUGGCAUCCGGAUAGGUGGGCGAGUAAUCCUUCCGUUUCGGCCGAAGCGAAACGCCGGUUUCAGCAAAUUCAAGAAGCUUAUUCAGUGUUGUCGGAUCAGGGUAAGCGAUCAAUGUACGAUGCCGGAUUUUAUGAUCCUACGGAAGAAGAAGAUCAAGGGUUCUGUGAUUUUAUGCAAGAGAUGCUCUCAAUGAUGGACAAUGUUAGAGGCGAGACGGAGAGUCUAGAAGAUCUACAAAAGAUGUUCGUGGAAAUGGUGGGUGGUGGAGAUGGGAUGUGCUUUGACUUAAACGCAGAUCAAACGGCUGCGAAAAGAUCACGAAGUAGUGGAACUUGUGCAGCUACCAAAGGGAGCGCCGCACCCAAGCGAACCUCCCCUCGUUGCUGAUUCAUUCAAACGAUGUCGUUUCUUACUUGUUUGUGAUUUUUCUAACCAAAUAGUGUCAACCUUUAGGCUUCUUUCUUCUUUUUCAAUUGUUUAUUAAAAGGGUCCCUUGUUUUAUUAGAAUUGUUCAACCUCUUUUGAGUAUUGAGUUUGUAAUGGUUAGAAUAUUAGUGAAAUGUGAAAUAAAUAUUUCCUUCUUGAUUCU